AGAGAAUCUAUAGAGAUAAAAAGCUGUGGGCUGAUAUUAGGCCAAAGCUAACUGCAUUUUAUCACAAAUUCCUCUUACCUGAGUUAGCUUACCCCAGGCAUGGAACAUACUCAGGGAUAAGGAAACCAGAGUCACCAUGGUAUGUAGCACCCUUGGCUAGUUCUGUGAGUAGCAAGGCAUCACGAUGUCAUCCAAAAGUUAGCACACGUUGAAAGAAAGCUUCUUGUUCUUCAGCCAUAACUUCCAUGCAGACUGUACCACCUUUGGCUAGUGCUGCAGUUGCCCACUCAUCAGGAAACGUGGACAAAGAUAUUACUAUGUUCAGUUCACCAGAAUCAAAUCACCUCCAGUCACAUAAAGAAGAACAUGGAAUUCGUCGGUCUGAGCGACAGAAGAAGUAUAGUGCUGAAUCUGUUGAAAUUGCUGGAACUACUGGUGAAUCUGUUGAUACCGCUAGAACUACCAGUAAACCUGUCUGUAAAUCUGUAGACACUGCUAGAAGUUCCCAUAAAUCUGUUGACACUACUGGAACUACCAGUAAAUCUGUUGACACUACUAGAGAUACCAGUAAAUCUGUUGACACUGCUGCAAGUACCAGUAAAUCAGUUGACACUGCUGUAACUUCUCAAGGAUUGAAGUUUAAAAGAAAACAGACAUUUGUUGGAAAAAGAAUUCAGCAUGAAUGGGUAGUGAAUGAGGAUACUGGGGAAAAGCAGUGGUACAAUGGAACUGUUCUCAGAAUAGUUAAAGGUAAUUGUUGUGUGUAA